GUUGAUAUUCUUGAAUAUCUAAAUUUCCUGAUCAAAUCAGGCAGGUACUUUUUGGAACAACGAUUUAAAAACAUUGAAAUUCACAAAACAGUAUUCAAUAUGACCCAAUAUGGCAACAAACUGAGCUGGGCAGUGGGCAAGAAGACGGUGUUGUGCAUCGGCACCACGACCAUUGACUUCGUCUCGACCAUAAAGCAUUUUCCCAGGGAAAAUUCAUCGCAACAGGUUGUUGGAGGAUACUGGACUCGCGGUGGAAGGGCUUCGAACAACUGCACUGUGCUCGCGAAUCUGGGGGUCAAAGUGGAGCUCUUAGGAAUGCUCAGCAAUUGGAGUGUGUUCGAAGUGCUGAAAGACGACUUGAAGGGACGGGGCAUCAUAAUCGAGAACUGUCCAACCUGUGACCAGGGUGCCCCCUUCUCAUCCGUGAUACUCUGCAAGGCGACUAAGACGCGGAACAUUGUCUAUUGCAAUAAUGAUUUCCCCUACGUCAGCAUUGAGGAUUUCCGGAAGCUGGACCUUAACCGAUAUGGCUGGAUUCACAUUCGGGCACUAUACUUUGAUAAAUCGCUGCCGAUGGUCAAGGACAUUCAGGCAUACAAUGCGACCAGGGAGGAGAAGAUCGCGCUAUCGAUCUAUUUUGAUAAUAACCUGGACGACAUGUGGCCUCUGAUGGAUUACUGUGACUAUGCCAUAUUCUCCAAGAAGCUGGCCCAAACCAAUAGCUGGGCUUCCAUGGAGGAUGCCUGCCUGCAGCUGGACGAGCGAUUGCGCAUGCGUUGGGGCCUCAACCUGAAGCGACCAUAUGUGGUCGUCCUUUGGGGCGACCAGGGUGCCGGGAUCAUGGAUCACGAUGGCAACUACACCCACGCCAAGCCCCACAAGCCCAGACGCAUCGUGGACGCCUUGGGUGCAGGAGACACCUUCAUGGGCGCCUUCAUCUACGCCCUCUAUAUCCGGGAAAGAUCCCUUUCAGUUGCCGUGGAAUUCGGAAAUCGCAUGGCCAGCUACAAGUGCACGAAAAAUGGAUACGAUCACAUCGCCAAUAUUUUACUGCCUCCGAUCUUAUGAUUGGUCCGCCAUUGAAUUUCUCAUUUUGAAUUUUUUGUGAAAAAACAGAACAGAGGAAAGAGGC